UAUAUAUUGGCCAAUGGAGCUUCUUACACAUAUGCAGCCGAUGUUUUUAACGUUAUUUGAGAACCAUGUGCAAAUAUUUCAAUCUAGUAUUGUAUGCCUUGAUAUUGUAUGACAAGAUCACAAUUUGCUGGACGUCCACCCCAUUGUUUUCAACAGUUCUUCAGAUUAGCCGUAUUUCAAGGAUUCAGUUGGAACAUUAGAUGGUACUCACAUAGAAGCAGUUAUAUCAGAUGCAAAAGGUGUGCUGUUUCGAGGACGCAAAGGAAGCAAAACCUGGAAUGUUUUUAGCAUGUUGUUCAUUUGAUAAACUAUUCAUGUUUGUCAAUAUUGGCCGGGAAGGAAGCGCACAUGACAUAAGAGUGUGGGUUGAUUACUUAAUGCAAUCAAAAUGUCAUUUUCCUCAUCCCUACCAGGUAAAUAUUACUUGGUAGAUUCAGGGUAUCCAAACACACUUGGAUAUUUAGCCCCAUUUGAUGAUGCGGGAAUGAGGAAACACGUGCCAGAAUUUCGUGAUGGUGGUAAACCAAGAGGAGUAAUGGAACAUUUUAAUUAUCGUCAUUCAUCACUGAGAACUACCAUUGAAAGAGCAUUUUCACAUCUGAAGAAAAGGUGGAAGAUACUUCACAACAUGCCCAAAAUGAAAGAAGAGUAUCAACAAGCAAUUAUUUUCUCAACUUUUGCACUUCAUAAUUUUACCAGCAUGUGCAAAAUGGGAAUACCAAUUUAUGAACAUGAAGGGAAUGGAGAAGGCAUGGUUGAUUCAGAAAAGAAGCUAUGAGCAAUGUUCGCGUGGAAAUUGAGAAACAAAUUUGGGAAGACAUUGAGAAACCCAGAGCAACGGAUGCAUGAUAUAUGAUACAUAUUGUUUUAUAGUAUUAAAACUUUUUUUACAAAUCAAGAUUUUAUUUAUUUUUGGGAAAACUAUCAAUCUAGUCCUUGUACUAUUAAGAAAAAGUCAAUUAGGUCUUCAUACUUUAAAAACAAUCAAUCAAAUCACCGAACUUUGAAAAACAUUCAAUUGAGUCAAUUAGCAGGUUACCUGCCAUGUCAGCAGGUCACCAGCUGACGCGGCGCAUACAUGGCGCACACGUGGCAGUCCAUGUGUGUGCCACAUCAUCAGUAAAUGGAUGGCAAGGCUUCCACGUGGCACCACGUCAGCAAAUUCACCCCUGACCAGGUUGUCACACGUGUGCCACGUCAUCAGGUAACUUGCUGACGUGGCGGGUAACCUGUUAUCGG